UUCACAGAUUUUGUUGUAUGAUAUAUUACCAAUGCAAUGAAAAAUUCCGAUCUUGACAAUGCUGAAUUAUCCAAUGUUAUUUCACAAAUUGUGACGAGGCUAAAAUCUACAACAUUACAAACACAACUAAAAUACGCUGCGAAGAAAGAAGCUGAACAGCAAGGUGUAACGAAAGCAACAUUACGAAAUGAUAUUGCGCAAGGAUUAAAAAGCUCUGGUUGGGAGAAGGUACUUCGGAAUGCUGUUUACAGGGAAUUAAAUCGUAUUCAAGGAGAAGAUUGUAGCAAUUCCAAAUUGAAGUUAACUUCUCAAGAUUUGGAGUCCAGGAAAGAACCUUUGGAAUAUUUGAGAAAAGCACAAGCGAAUUGGGAACGGAGGAUUCUUAAAAGUAUGAACAGCAUGUGUACUGAAUUGAGUAUUCCGUUAGCUCGAAAACGACCUAAUGACGAACAGAGAGAUUUGUUGCAAAAAUGGAAUGAAAUGGGAACGGACGAACCCGAUCUUAGUCAUUUUCGGCCAGUUUAUGCUCCAAAAGAUUUUUUAGAAGUCAUUGCUUCAUUGCAAAACUCUAAUUUUAACGCUACGUCACUCGCAAAGGAUUCAAGUACCCCUGAGCAGAGUAAAAGUAUGAAUACACUAAGUGGAUUAAUACAAAUUCCUCUUGAAGUUCCAAGCAUUGCUAAAUUAGGGAAAAAGUACAGCGAAUUGAACCCCAAAAUAAGUCAGAAUGGUGUUGAUGAUUGCACCGAGGUUUUAACACAACUUUUUUCUGCUGAUAGACAGAAAGUUGCAAAAAAGGUUUUGGAUGACAAGCAAAGCUCUGUUGCGCAAUAUUUCUUACGCCAAGGGAGUCCUAAUGGAUCAAGAGCUGAUAUAUGGCAACUCGCACUCGGAGUCACAGUUGACCAUUUGAGUAUUUUACACUAUGAGCAAUUGAAAGGAUAUGUAUUGCAACAUGAUCUUCUUGUCGAUAGUCUUAUUUACAAAGAUGUCAAACUAACAGCAACAAAUGAUGAUUAUUAUUUUGUAUUCGAAGACUAUCUUUACCAAGUUUUGCUCGUUUUCUCUCGGGAUACUUUUGUUUUGAGGCAUUUCACUAACAGCAGCGCAACUCCACCAAAGUCGUUCAUAAAAGGAAAAUGGGGACAAGAUGAAUAUGCUGUAAUAUAUCCUCCAAAUGGAGUGAUACCUUUUCAUGGUUUUUCGAUGUAUGUCACUCCUUUGUGCUACCUCUAUGCAGAACCGACAAGAUUGUAUUAUAUGUUCCGAGAAUUGUACAUGAGAUAUUUUUAUCACCUACACACUAUUUCAUCUCACCCCCAAGGAAUAGUAUCGCUGUGCCUUCUAUUUGAGACAACGUUGCAAGCGGUUCACCCGAAGCUUUUUCAUCAUCUGCAAGAUAUUGGAAUUCAACCAUUGAAAAUUGCUUUCAAAUGGUUGGUACGAGCUUACUCUGGCUAUUUAGCAACCUAUCAGCUUCACCUCUUAUGGGAUCGUAUUAUUGGAUUUGGAGAUUUGAGGCUUCUCUCUAUAUUCGCUGUAGCCAUUUUUGUUUUUCGGCAGGCAAAUCUUCUGUCGAUAACUUCACCUGGUGUGGUAGAAGCCGCAAUGGCAGACAUAUCUACGCUACAUGUUGUUCCAUUAUUACAGAUGAUUUUGUUUCCAGAUUGACUGUAAAUUUUUUAAAUAUGAGUGUUAUGCACAACUCUUAAUAUCAUUGUAGUCAAUAAAUGGGUAGAUGUAACUUAACCUACGCAAAACAAUCAACCUUCAAUAUAGAGUUGGAGAUCUAUUCUGGCCAACAGAUUGACGUUCUUCAAUGCACCCGCAAAUGAUUUUUAGUUUUUUAGAUUAUUUUAUAAUUUAUUUUUGUACACAAAGAUAUAUUUUUAUUUCAAAAUGCUUGUUGCUUCAGGUUUUUUUAAAGUAGAUGCCUAUGCAUUGCACAAUAAAGCUUUCAAUAUAUAAA